AUGGGAGUGCCUUCACUAUUCAGAUGGAUAGCAAAAAGAUAUCCAAAAUCAAUAAACGCAGCGAGCGGGCAGGAGGUUGACAAUUUAUAUUUGGAUCUUAAUGGGAUAAUACACCCAUGCUGCCACCCCAGAAACAGAGAGCCACCAGGAAGUGAGGAAGAAAUGUUUCGAGAAAUAUUCAAGACAGUCGACCAUUUAGUAUCAAUAGUGAGACCAAAGCACUUGCUGUACAUAGCGGUAGACGGGGUAGCCCCACGGGCAAAGAUGAACCAGCAAAGAGAAAGAAGAUUCCGUCCAAAGGAUGUGUCAGAUGGGCAUGUAGAAGGGGGGUUUGACCCAAACACAAUUACUCCAGGAACGCCUUUUAUGUACCGGCUGCACUGUGCAAUUAUUCGGUAUAUAGAGCAGAGACAGUCUGCGGGGAUUAAUGGAUGGAAGCAGCUAGCUGUUAUAUACAGCGGGUGCGAUGUUCCCGGAGAGGGAGAGCACAAGGUGUAUGACUUUGUAAGAAGCAUUAAGGGCACAGGAGUGAGGCAUGCUAUAUGCGGUCUAGAUGCAGACUUAAUAUUUUUGAGUUUAGCUACGCAUGAAAAGUCAUUUAAAGUGCUAAGAGAGGAUGUGUUCUUCUUGGAGAAGGAGGAGCGCUCUACAUGCAAGCUAUGCAAGAAGGAAGGGCACAGCACGGGCAAUUGUAACCCCAAUACAUUCCCUCCUUAUAUUUACCUGGACAUUGAUAUAAUACGAAGGUAUUUGUAUACGGACUUUUCAACUGCAAUUAAUGCUCGAUUUGACUUUGAGAGAAUACUGGACGAUUGGAUAUUUGUGUGUUUCUUUGUUGGAAACGACUUCUUGCCGUCAAUUCCGUCAAUGGACAUAAAGGUUGCAGCAAUUGAGACAAUCACCACUUCGUGCAUAAACAAUCUGCUGACUAGGCGGCAAUACCUCACAGAGGACAGCAAGAUUAACAUAGCAGAGCUCAGUGUGCUUAUGGACACACUGGGGGAGACAGAGGAAAAGCUGCUCCGGGCUAAAUUAGCUGGGUAUGUUAAAAAUGCAAAGAGAAGAGGUGAAGCCCCAAGAGAAGAAGACUUAAAGGUCAAGCUGUAUGAGGAAAAGGGGAGACUUGAAUACUACAGCAGUAAAAUUCACGCCAACUCGCCGGAAGACAUAACAAAUGUAUGUGUAGAGUAUUUAAGAGGACUUUCUUGGAUUCUUCAGUACUACUACAAAGGGUGCCCAUCGUGGAACUGGUACUACCCACUCCACUUUGCCCCCCUAGCACAGGACAUAGCAGAUACACUGAAGAAGAUGCCGCAUCUUUCGUUUGAUUUUUCAAAGGGUGCAGCAAGAAAGCCGUUAGAACAGGUCAUGGCUGUUCUUCCUCCCUCUUCAGCAAGCUCAAUUCCCGAAGGUUUGUAUCCUAUAUUCAAUGAAAUGCCAGAGAACUAUCCAGAUGAGGUGAAAAUAGACAUGUUUGGAAAAACCCAAGCAUGGCAAGGAGUGGCGCUUCUUCCCUUUUUUGAUUGUGACAAGCUUGUAUCUCUUGUUAGAGAGCACAGCAGAAACCUGCCACUUGAUGAGAUAUAUAGAAAUGUUGAGGGAUGCGAUCUUUUGUUCCUACCAACUGCAAACAAGAACUAUGCCACAGCAGAAACAUUGUACACAAACUUCACCAAAACAUCCAAUGUUAAAAUAAUGGGGAAAUUCUACUCUGGACGGGCGACUAUUCACUCCUCCGCAAGCAUGCCAGGAGACUCGCAGCGUCUUAUUGAAGAGGCAAAGAAUUAUGUGGUAAAGUCAAUUUCUGUUGUAUUUGUGCCAAUAAAAAAGCAGAUUUACUAAAUCAAUGUUGCGCAAUGGCAUCUAUUCACUGAAAAGUAGAAUACGCAAUAAUAAACGUUUU